AUGGUGUGGGCAGCACCAGCCCUGGCAGCCGCCCUCUGCCUCCGUGUCUCCACAGACCUGGUGAAAGCCACAGCGGCUCGGGGCUGUGACCCUGAGCCGGGCACCAUCCCAGCCUCGGAUCCCGAUGUCCUGGAGGGGGCACAGCAGGAUGCCCUCAAUGCCCUGCUCCUCUCGGGGUACGGGGAUCCUUCGAGCUGGGAUUCACAGACUCUGCAAGACCUGGGGCCGCUCGUGAACCAGACCACGCUGAGUUUGGUGCCCGAGGCAGCACGGGAGGAUCUCAGGAGGAGCAUCGCAGCCUCCCACAUCAGCCAGGGACGUUCCCAGCGGGAGAAAUCCCUGCCUCUCCUCAGGGUGCUUGCAGCAGCAGCUGCUGGAGCCAGGCUGGAGCGCAGCGCCGCCGGCUGCCAGUCCGAGCCCAUUACCGCCAGCAACAUCGAUGAUACCGUCCCCUUCCUCACCCCUGAGGAGCUCGACCUUUGCCUGAGCAGUGAUGUCUUAAUAGAAAACCUGGAGGCUGUGCUGGGACAGCCAAUCACCACAAAUACUUACCCGGUCCUGAAAAAAAAGGUGGAUGAGUAUUUCCAGUCGGGGAUCCCGGAGGAGCAGCUGAGGCGCCUGGGGCCGCUGUCCCGUCUGUACACGGUGCAGGAGAUCAGCCAGUGGCCGCUGACAUGCAGUGACACCCUCUUAGAGCUGCUCGACCCCUCGGGAGGAGAGUGGAAUGAUUCCCAGGUGCAGCAGCUGCUCAGCACGUACCUGGCUCAGGGGGGCUCCCUGACCGGGCCCCUGCUGCAGAGAAUCGGAGAAAAACACCUGUGUGAGCUGCAGGAGGAGCAGAUCCAGCAGAUCCCUGCCGAAGCCAUCGAGACUGCUGGGCAGUUAAACAUUUCUUCGUGCUCCCAAACCAAGAAGGAGCAGCUCUAUGGGAAGGCCCGGGAGGCCUUUGCCAACCUGGCCAGCACCCCCGGCCUCUAUUACUGCCAGAUCCGGCCGUACCUGGGUGGAGCUCCAGCAGAGGAUCUGAAGGAGUUGGCUAAUGCUGGUGUGCCCAUAAACAUGGAUCUGGACACCUUCCUCUCCCUAAAUCCCCAGGAACUGCAGAAACUCAGCGUCACCGACGUGAAGAAUUUGCUGGGGGAAAACCUCUCUGAGCUGAAGCAAGCUGAGCACGAGCCCUUGGUGGUGAGCUGGGUGCAGAAACAAUCCCAGCAGGCGCUGGACUGUGUGCUGGGAAUCGGCCUGCAGGGAGGGCUGCCAGAGCCCAUGGGGACAGCCAGCCCUGCUGCCACCUCCCCGGCCAGUGUCACCUCCAUGGCCACCACCCCUGUGCCCACCACCUCAGCCAGUGUCACCUCCAUGGCCACCACCCCUGUGCCCACCACCUCAGCCAGUGUCACCUCCAUGGUCACCACCCCUGUGCCCACCACCUCAGCCACUGUCACCUCCAUGGCCACCACCCCUGUGCCCACCACCUCAGCCAGUGUCACCUCCAUGGCCACCACCCCUGUGCCCACCACCUCAACCGCUGCCACCCCUGUCCCCCACACGCCCACCCCAAUUCCCAGCUCCACCAUCUCCCCCACCACCGGGCCGUGCCAGCCCAGCUCCCCUCCAGCAUCCCCCAGCCCGAGCCCUGGGAACGUUCCAGAGCCACCACCACCAACAUCCAACGGCUACAUCAACCUGGAGCCGGCGCCAGGAUCAGGAUCCAGGCUCUGCUCCUGCCUCGUGCCCGUGCUGGCAGCCACCAUGGGGAGCGUUCUUCUGCUUGGGGGGCUGCUCUGA